CGAACAUAUAUGCGUACGAAUAGUUGGAAAAUGCGACCGAUUUCAUGUGACUGAAUUUACACGUUUUGUUCUCUAGUUUGUUGUAAAUUGAUAGAGGAGGUGCAUUAGAUUUUAGGAGGUCAAAGGAGAUCACACACAAUGAAGAAAGUGUCAGCAUUCUCAGUAUUUAAAGGGAAAAAGGACAAAGGUGAUACCCCAACUAUUGAAAGAAACAGUAGCAAGAGGGGGUCAAUUAAGAAAGCAUCAAGCGAACCAGUUAUCAAUGGGGAGGAUGAUUCCAAGUCCAAAAAACUUCUGAGGGCAAUCAAAGGAGGUAGUUUUAGAAACACAGUAAGGGGCAACAAACAUAGACCAGCAAACCUUGCUGAUGGAACAGGAAACAGCCCUUUUGUAGCUGGAGAUAGUUCAGAGGUGAAAUUGACAGCUGUCAAGGGUAAAAAUAAAAAUGAGGAUUCAGUGAACACGUCUCUCAAUGGAACCCCAGCUCUUCCAAAGAAAAGUAGACAGUCUAAAGCAAAUGUAUCAUCAGAGUCCCUAAAUGGAGAACCCUUGUCGUCUACAGAACAGAGCAUUUCACAGACAAAAAAACAAUCAAAGAAACAAGCCUCACCAAAGCAAGCAGAUACUUCAAAAUCUAGCAAACAAAAGAAGGCUCUCCCACCACUUCCUGUUGCUGAUUUCACUGAGACACCGAGAACCAGCACACAAGUAACCAAUGGGGAAGCUGCAUCUGCUUCAAAAAAGAAGGGCAAGCGGGAGCUUGAUGAUGCGUCUCCAAGCUCCUCAUCGAGCAAAAAGAAAAGAGUGGAAUCUCCCAAACAAACACCUGUUCAACCAGUUAAUCCACAGAGAAAGGAUAAAGUAAACAAGAGGAAGUUGAUGCCUAAUGCAGUACUGGAGACAGUGUAUGAUUCCACUGAAGAGGCACGGAAACUGUUUGAAUGUAUGAUACAUCCAGUACAGACAGACAAAUUCUUCAAAGAGUUAUGGCAGAAGAAACCACUGUUGGUACGAAGACACAUCAGUAAUUAUAAUGACGGCUGGUUUAGUACUGAGGAGCUCAAUAAAAUACUAGAAAAAGAGCAUAUAGAGUUUGGAGUAAACUUGGAUGUUACAUCAUAUCAAGAUGGUAAGAGAGAGACCCACAAUCCACCAGGUAGAGCGUACAGAUCUGUUGUCUGGGACUAUUAUCAGAAUGGAUGUUCAGUGCGUAUGUUGAAUCCACAGACUUACUCGAAGAAUGUAUGGAAGAUGUUGUCUACCCUGCAAGAAUACUUUGGCUGCUGUGUCGGAGCUAAUGUAUAUCUGACACCCCCAGGGACACAGGGUUUUGCACCACACUAUGAUGACAUUGAGGCAUUUAUUCUACAACUUGAAGGCAAAAAACACUGGAGACUUUAUAACCCAAGGUCAGAGCAAGAAACACUUCCCAGAGAUUCCAGUGGUGAGUAUUUUCAGUGGCAGCUCUCAGAGAUUGGUUCCCCUAUAUUGGAUGUGACUCUACAAGCAGGUGAUCUUCUGUAUUUCCCACGAGGAACCAUCCACCAGGGCUAUGCGUUAGAAGAUGCUCAUUCUUUACACAUAACUUUCUCCUGCUACCAGAAAAACACAUGGGGUGAUCUCUUUCAAAAGCUUGUUCCUCGGUGCAUUGAGAUAGCAAUAGAAGAGGAUGUUGAAUUUAGAGAAGGCCUUCCGAUAGAUUACCUACAAUACACUGGUGUUGUCAAUUCUGAUCAAGAAAGCCCCAAAAGAGACGCAUUUACCCAAAAGAUUUCGAGCUUAUUAACAAAGAUGAUACAGAACUAUUGUCCUAUAGAUUCAGCAUGUGAUCAGUUAGGGAAGCAGUUUAUACGUGAUAGUUUACCACCGGUCUUCUCGGAAGUGGAAAAAUCAUGUAGUGUGCAUGGACAUGGAGAGAAAUGGGAUCCAGUGGGUCAGAAAGUUAUAGGGAAUACUGAAGUAGAGCCAGAUACCAUGAUUAAACUGGUCAGGAAAGGAUGUCUCAGACUGGUCACAGAGGAUGAUGCUGUUAGAGUGUACCACAAUAUAGAGAAUGCACGAGUUUAUCAUGGCAGAGACCCACAGUUUAUAGAUAUCAUAGCAGACCUUGCUCCAGCUGUCGAGUUCCUUAUACACAGUUACCCAGAAUAUGUGAGUGUGGAUAGUCUCCCAGCAGCGUCAGUCGAGGAGAGGGUCGAGAUAGCAAGCCUGCUGUAUGACAAAGGACUAUUGAUAACCGGUGAACCUCUAGACUCUAUUCAUGGAGAUAAUGAUUCGAGUAGCGAUGAAAAUUGUGAUGAUAACAGUUGAAGUUGUCAUGGCGAUAUCUAACGGAGAUGCAAGUUUUCCGAUAAUCUUUUUUACACAGUCAAGUUCAGUGGAAAGAAUGAUUUGUAUUUUACGCUUCGCUUAAUAUUUACUACUUAGGAUUUUCUUGGUAAUAUUUGGCCAAAUCGUGGUUGGCAGCUGUCCACAUUUGUCCAUGCAAUAAAAUAUUUGCUUACUGUAAUAGCUUGACAAUAGGGCACAUCUCUUUAUUGGCAGUACACCUAUAUACAAACUUCUUUCGCUGGAACUAAGAUAAUCCAUACACCAGCCUUUGCUCGAACUCAUCGUCAGGUCCUAGCAAAAGUAUCUGUUGGAUGUAUAUUUUUUCGAUGGCUCAGACAACCAAUAACUUGAACAAAUUUUUGCUUGUCCCGUCGAGUUCAAGUGAAAGAAAGUCGACUGUAUGAUGAAUUUAAGAACUAUUAAUAGAUAUAUAAUCCGCCUUGGCACAUUUACAUUGAAACACUGGAAAGUCGUGCAUGCAAGAAUAAGAUUUAUGAGACAAAUGAGAAAUUUAGGCAUCAAAAACAUUCCCUUUGAUAAGAUGGAUUUUACCCUCGUAUCUACCAAAAUUAUCUGUUACACAGUCAUGUACUUGGUACAACAUUGAGACUGUUUUACUAAAUGCCAUUACAUAGUGUAUGAAUUAAUGAAAUUGAAAAGCAGAAAUGUUGAUGAGUGCAGUUUUAAAGGUUCGUUGCAAAGGAAAGAUUGAAUUGAUACUUCAUUCUUAAACAUGUUCUAAUUUGAAUAACUUGCAUCUCUGUUUAGAAGAAAUGUGUUCAUUUUAUUGUUUAAAAUGCAUGCUUACAAAGUGCUUUAAUAAUAUGUUUGUCCCAAAUACUGAUUUUUAAACUCCAUUAUUUUUUAGAUUCACAUGAAUUAUCUGUCUCAUUUUUGAAUGCAUCUCUUAAUUAAUUCAACAAAAUAUGAUUUUAAAUUUGUAAAAGACACUUGGUCCGAUAAAGUUUAUUUUAAAAGUGGUUGUACCAGUACUUAAGUAAUCCCUCGCAGUUACUGUAAUUUCCUCUGGAUAGCGCACAUCUUAUAAGCUGGAUGCAUUCUGUUACCAGCAUAUAGAAUAAAAAUGAAAAAAUAUUUGAAUUUCAGGUUACCCUGUUAAAUUACCCGUUAUGUGAGAAUGACAAUGUUGUCAGGAAUGCAAACUUGUACUAGUUUAUUCCAGUUAUUAUAACAUAAUCAGAUCCCCUUGAGUUCCAUAUAUAUUAAAAUUACUGAACAAUAAUGUACAUUCUAAGGCUAGAAGUACCCAAGUACUAUGUAUCAAUGCAAUGUUAGGUUCAGGUCUGCAAGUUUGUCAUAUAAACUAUACUGUAGAACCCUUAAAGGGGCAUUCAUACAAAUCAAACAAAAUCUAACUUGCAGGAUAUCCUUAGGUUCAAAAUCCCAGCAAAGUGUACCUCCCCUAACACAGGGUAUCCUAUAGUUGAUUAUGGUACAACCUGAUUGACAGUGAAGAAAAGUUAGAAUAUAUCUUCUCUUCAUUUUAUCUGUCAAAGUGAUGUUAUAAUAGCAUGCUGUUUCCACUUUAAAGAGUGGGAAUUGACAAUUUUCUUGAAUAAAUUAUGUUUUAUAGAAAAGGAA